AUGAUCGGAGACUUUAACCUACCAUCUGUUAAAUGGUCGAGUUAUGAAAAUGUUCCUGUGAAUACCGGAGGGUCCAAUGAGAAUGAAGCAUUUUGCGAAAUGGUGGACGACAACUUCCUUCAACAGUUCAUAUCUGGUCCCACCCACAUCGCUGGUAAUAAACUCGACCUUUUGCUAUGUAAUUCUCCAGAAAUCAUCGGUGACGUUUCUGCAUUCCUUCUUGAAUGUUUCCCAACAGAUCAUUACGUCGUGGAAAUUGAUGUUCAACUGAAGUUUAAAAGAGCCAAGCCAGUUAAACGCCGAGUUUUUGACUACAGGAACGGUAAAUUUGAUGAGUUGCGCAAUUUCCUCACGAGAAAUCCCAUUAAUAUUACUCCCACCGAUGAUAUUGAUAACUACUGGGAACAAUGGAAGGAAACGUUCUCAACUGCCGUGAAAAAGUAUAUUUCAGUAAGAACUGUUAAGGACACCAACUCCCCCCCUUGGAUUGAUAAAGAAGUCCGGAUUCUUAUCCGCAAGAAAUACCGUGCAUUAAAAAACUACCGAAUGAAUAGAUCUGCAACUCGGAAGCGAAAGCUGCGAUCCCUUACUCAACAAACUAAGCGUCUCAUUAGACGGAAACACCAAGAAUAUCUGGCUAAAAUUGAAAGUUCCUUCUCUGUCAAUCCAAAGCUGUUCUGGAGCUACCAUAAAGCUAUCCUACGCCACCGAGCAAAUCUGCAUCACGAAAUAACGUUCGACGGAGUUACUGCUAAAUCUGCAAAAGAUAAAGCUACACUUUUCAACGCGUACUUCUCUUCCGUAUUUCGUUCACCUUCCACAGGUUCAAAAUCAGGUAUCUGUGAUCUGCUUCAACCAUUAGAAAUUGAGGAGCUUUCCAAUAUAACACUCAAUGCGGAAGAAGUUGCGCGAAGUUUGUACAAUCUUGACACAUUCAAAGCAUGUGGCCCCGACGGCAUUCCAACUCGUCUUCUGCAAGAAUGCAGCAUCCAAAUUGCACCCAGCAUUUGUGAACUAUUCAAUCAUUCGCUGCACACCGGUCAGAUCCCUUCUGAAUGGAAAUCUGCCAAUGUUACGCCUAUCCACAAGAAAGAUUGUAAAGAACCAGCCGAAAAUUAUAUUAUUAGACCUAUUUCUUUGCUCCCCAUCCUUGGAAAAGUUCUAGAACGUGGCGUGUGUUUCAGACUUUAUGAUCAUGUCAAACAUCUCAUCACCAAAUUUCAACAUGGUUUCCUCAGACAACGUUCAUGUGUCACUCAGCUCCUAUCUGUUCUUCAUACUAUCGGACAAUCUCUCGACAAGAACACCCAAACAGACAUCGUUUACCUAGAUUUUGCAAAGGCAUUUGACACUGUUGACCACAAUAUUCUUCUCCACAAACUUAAACAGUAUGGCGUAUCAGGACAGUUGUAUGCAUGGUUCGAAGACUAUCUGAGCGGUCGUUGUCAACGAGUUGUGGUAGAUGGAGUUGCAUCUUCCUGGGCACCUGUAACAUCUGGUGUGCCACAAGGAAGUAUCCUAGGACCUGUUCUGUUUGCGAUCUUUAUAAACGAUCUUCCAAAUGUACUACCAGACGAGACCUCGGCAGCAUUGUAUGCAGAUGACACCAAAGUGUACAAAUCAAUUAAAUCGGAAGAUGACUGUCAAAUUCUGCAACACGCCUUGACCAGCCUUGAAUGUUGGAGUCAUGAUAACAACCUAGAUUUCAACCAGUCGAAAUGUAAGGUGCUGACCAUCACACGAAAAAAGACUCCCCUCGUGCAUGUCUACCACAUGAAUUCAAAGGAACUCUUGCGUGUGGAUAAAGAGAAAGACCUUGGUGUUUGCGUCAGUGCCAACUUCAAUUGGGAUGUUCACAUCCACACAAUCACGG